AUGAAAUUUCACACAGUGGAAGACCAGAGGGGUCAUGUCAGAUCAGAUCUACAUGGAUACAAUCUAAAACAACGGAUACGGGGAGCAAAGCCAGUCUCGGAAAAUGACUUUGAGAAGCUAGUAGGAGACCUGAACGAGAGUCUAUCAGGCUCCGACUCUUCAGACUCAGAAGAUGAUGAAGCAGGCGAACCGCGAAAAGAUACUACAUUAAGUGCCUUGCUGAAAAAGCAAGCGGCAAUCUCAUCACAAGGUAACGAAGAGGAUGAAUUAACACCCAAAAAGAAGAAGCUUGGGUCAGGGAAAGCGCCUUUGCUCUGGUUUACGACUCCUACGCUGCCGGAAAAUACAUAUUUGGGCAUAUAUCGGGCAAUAUUCACGAAUACAGAGCAGGGGAAGGAGGCCUCGAUCCUUGAUAUCAUUCAGAAGAAACAACUUACUCCAAAGCCCCAACAGAAAAUUGCAACAGACUCGAGUAAUGGCGUCCCGUUGCCAGAAGCAUACAGCGGACCACAUAUCUUUCUAUGCAUGAUUGGCGGUGGUCAUUUUGCGGCUAUGGUAGUUUCCUUAACACCAAAACAAACGAAAUCGUCAGCAAGUGGACCCCUAUCUCGCGAAGCAACAGUGCUAGCACACAAGACAUUCCACCGCUACACAACCCGUCGAAAGCAAGGAGGAGCCCAAUCAGCAAACGAUUCAGCGAAAGGAGCCGCCCAUUCAGCAGGAUCAAGUCUACGAAGAUACAACGAGCAGGCCCUCACUGACGAAGUCCGGUUACUACUUCAAGAGUGGAAAGGCAUGAUCGAUACCUCAGAAUUGAUAUUCAUUCGAGCCACGGGAAAUACCAACAGACGAACCCUCUUCGGCCCCUACGACUCCCAGAUCCUCCGACAAAACGACCCCCGAAUCCGCGGCUUCCCAUUCAACACACGCCGUGCAACCCAAAACGAACUCAUGCGAUCUUUUGUCGAACUGACCCGUGUCAAAGUCAUCUCAGUCGAUCUAGAAGCCAUAGCAGCCGCCCAACUCGCAGCUUCAGAAGCAGCCAAGCAAUCUGCCGCACAAAAAGCCGCGAAACAGUCUACUACUGCAGCGCCUAAGAGGAGCGAAGAGGAAGAAACAGCCUUACUCCACACCUCACAAAUCCAAGCCCUAAUCCGCCGCUCCAAACUCCCCGCUCUCCUCUCCUACCUAAAGUCAAACUCCCUCUCCCCAAACUUCCUCUUCCAACCACACGAGCAGAACCACCACGCACCUACCCCUCUACACUUAUCCGCAUCACAAAACUCCGCUCCGCUAGUAACAGGACUGCUGGUAAAAGGCAACACCGAUCCUACGGUGCUGAAUGGGGAUGGGAAAACGGCGUUCGAGUUAGCGGGUGAUAGAGCCACGAGAGACGCCUUCCGAGUAUCGCGCUCCGAACUAGGCGAAUCGGCCUGGGAUUGGGAAGCGGCCCGUAUCCCAGCCGCUCUUUCCAAGCUAGAAGCCGACGCGCGCGCUGCUACGGAGAGGAAAGAGGAAGCUGCCAAAGAGACCGAGAGGAGAAAGGCUGAGACAGAACGCUUGAAGGAAGAGGGGCCGAAGGUGGUGGAUGGGCCGAUUGGGAAAGGCCAGGGGAGGGGGAGAAUGAUUGCGUUAGCUAAGACGGCACAGGAGAAGAGGGAGGAAGAAUCUAGGGGGUUGACGCCCGAACAGAGGAUGAGGCUAGAGAGGGAGCGGAGAGCUAGAGCUGCCGAGGAGAGGAUGAAGGGCCGAGGAUGA